ACAAAACCAAAAACUACUCCCUCUGUAAACUAAUACUCCUCUGUCCCAAAAUAAUAGUCUCAAGCUUAGUACAAUUUUAUACUAGAGUUAAUACAAAGUGGAGACACUUAUUUUGGGACGGAGGGAGUAUAAGAUAUUCAGAUCAUACAAAGAGGGAGUAGUAGAUGAUUUGUUGUUCGGAUGAUUUUAUAAUCAAAGGUCCAUAGUCAAAGCUUGAAUUGCAGAGAAGAGCCGACGAUACCUCGACGGCGUCGGCCAUGGCCGCCGAAUACGACCGCACGGCCGACCUCCGCGCGCUGGACGCCACCUGCUCCGGCGUCCGCGGCCUCGUCGCCUCCGGCGUCACACACCUCCCCCGCAUCUUCCGCGUGUCCGACGGCGUCCACCAACCACAACCACCGCCACCGCAAGUUCCAUCCCAAGA